AUGUGCGGCUGUUGUUUCAAAACACAGUUCGGCAAUUUUACGAAUGGAUGGAUAAGCUCGGAAAAUGCGUUUGUUGUGCCUACCACAAAAAGGGAAACGUUACCAAAGUGGGCCGACCUACUGAAAAACGAACUUUUCGUUGUCCUCGAGGAAGAAGAAUCUUUCUCCACAAGAGCAGUUUGCUCUCCGUGCGGAACAACGGUUAGAAAUUGCCCAGGGAAACUGCACGGCGAUGCUUUCGCAAAUUAGAGAAGAACUGAACACGCCAACUGACAAUGAACAAUUAUUGCGAUUGAAAAGAAUGAGUAAAUCCCCUCAUUCCAAACCACGUCGUGGUGAUUUAGCUCUGUAA